AUGAGUCGGCAGCUGAAUGCCAGAGCUUUGAAUGGAGGGAGGGGGUUUAGCGCUGGUUCUGCAAUUGUUUUCGGAGGGGGCAGGAUCAACGCCUCCUCCCCCAGCCGAAGAAGCACCGGAGCAGCAAGUGGAAUUGGCGGCGUUUACAGUAGGAGCCUUUACAAUCUGGGGGGUACCAAGCGCAUUUCCCAGAGUGUGGUUCCUGGAGGUGCACAUCGUGGCGGUGGAUUUGGUAGCAAUGUUGGUGUUAGUUUUGGUGGAUUUCCUGGUGGUGGAUGGGCCAACGGCAACUUUGGCAAUGGCAGAAACGGCCCUGGGUUUCUUUCUCAUCCGCCGGGUAGCAUCCCAGAAGUCAUCAUUAACCAGAGCCUCCUGGCGCCACUUAACCUGGAAAUUGAUCCUGAGAUCCAGAAAGUGCGCAGAGAAGAAAGAGAGCAGAUCAAGAACCUCAAUGACAAAUUUGCUUCCUUUAUAGACAAGGUUCGAUUCCUUGAGCAGCAGAACAAAGUCCUAGAGACCAAAUGGAACCUCCUGCAGCAGCAACCCAUCUCCCAUGCGAAGAGCAAUGUGGAUUCCCUCUUUGAGGCCUACACCAACAGCCUGAGGAAACAUCUAGACUCUCUGAAGGGCGAAAGAGGGAGGCUGGGUUCAGAACUGAAGAACAUGCAGGAUCUAGUGGAAGACUUUAAGCACAGGUAUGAGGAAGAAAUCAACAAGCGCACCACUGCUGAGAAUGAAUUUGUACUGCUAAAAAAGGAUGUGGAUGCUGCCUACAUGAACAAGGUGGAGCUGGAGACCAGGGUGGCUUCUCUGACAGAUGAACUCAACUUCUUGAGAUCCCUGUAUGAAGUGGAGCUGUCACAGAUGCAAGGACAGCUAAGUGACACCAGCAUCAUCCUCUCAAUGGACAACAACCGUGACCUGGACUUGGACAGCAUCAUUGCAGAAGUCAAAGCUCAGUAUGAAGAUAUGGCCAACAGGAGCCGAGCAGAAGCAGAUGCCAUGUACCAAAGCAAGUUUCAGGAACUUCAGCUCACAGCUGGGAAACAUGACGAUGCCUUGAAAAAUUCCAAGAUGGAGAUUUCUGAGUUGAAUCGACUCAUCCACAGACUAAGAUCAGAAACGGAAAGCGUGAGGAAACAAUGUGUCCAUCUUCAGUCAUCUAUUGCUGAAGCUGAAGAACGUGGAGAGAUAGCCCUCAAGGAUGCAAGGGAGAAACUGUUGGAACUGGAGAAUGCCAUGCAGAAGGCUAAGGAGGAGUUGGCCCGCCUUUUGCGUGAUUAUCAGGAACUUUUGAAUAUUAAGCUAGCCCUGGAUAUUGAGAUUGCCACCUACAGGACCCUCCUGGAAGGAGAAGAAUGGAGGAUGUCUGGAGAAUACGGCAGUGCUGUAACAUAUCUCAGUGCGGAGAAGCCUCUAGUUAGGCUUCGCUAA